AUGGUCCCCAAGGUUGGUAUCAACGGCUUCGGUCGCAUUGGCCGUAUUGUCUUCCGCAAUGCCAUCGCCCACGGCGGUGUCGAUGUCGUUGCCGUCAACGACCCCUUCAUUGAGGUCCACUACGCGGCCUACAUGCUCAAGUACGACAGCACCCACGGCCAGUUCAAGGGCACCAUCGAGAUCGAUGGUGACCAGGGUCUGAUUGUCAACGGCAAGAAGAUCCGCUUCUUCGCCGAGCGCGACCCCGCCCAGAUCCCCUGGGGCUCGGUCGGUGCCAGCUACGUCGUCGAGUCCACCGGUGUCUUCACCACCACCGAGAAGGCCUCCGCUCACUUGAAGGGUGGCGCCAAGAAGGUCAUCAUCUCCGCUCCCUCGGCGGAUGCCCCCAUGUACGUCAUGGGUGUCAACAACACCGAGUACAAGAAGGACGUCAACGUCCUCUCCAACGCCUCGUGCACCACCAACUGCCUGGCUCCUCUGGCCAAGGUGAUCCACGACAACUACGGCAUUGUCGAGGGUCUGAUGACCACCGUCCACUCCUACACCGCCACCCAGAAGGUGGUCGAUGCCCCCUCCAACAAGGACUGGCGUGGUGGCCGUACUGCGGCCCAGAACAUCAUCCCCAGCUCCACUGGUGCUGCCAAGGCCGUCGGCAAGGUCAUCCCUUCGCUGAACGGCAAGCUCACCGGCAUGUCCAUGCGUGUGCCCACCUCCAACGUCUCCGUCGUUGACCUGACCUGCCGCAUCGAGAAGGGUGCCUCGUACGAGGACAUCAAGAAGACCAUCAAGGCUGCCUCCGAGGGCGAGCUCAAGGGAAUUCUCGGCUACACCGAGGAUGACAUCGUCUCCACCGACCUGAACGGUGAUGACCGCUCCUCCAUCUUCGAUGCCAAGGCCGGCAUUGCCCUCAACUCCAACUUCAUCAAGCUGGUCUCCUGGUACGACAACGAGUGGGGCUACUCCCGCCGUGUUGUUGACCUCAUCUCCUACAUUGCCAAGGUCGAUGGCCAGUAG